AUGCGUCCAAUGGAUCAUCAUGAUAAUACACAAAAUAGUACUAAUAAUGUUUUAAAACGAGAAAAUAGCAAUCAUUCUUCAAGUCCAAUAUCAGCAUCAUCACCACCACUUACACCAACAACUAAUAUACGUAUUAAUAGUACUUUACGAAUAACAACUAUGUUUGACAAUAUUCGUACUGGUAAAGUGGUAGCAUAUGAUCCGUCAUCGAAUUUGGUUACAUUACAUAUUAAAGGUUCAAAACCGGGUACAACAUCUGUAGCUGUUAUUAAUCUUAAUCAUUGUCGUGAACAUACUGUUGAACAAGAACCAAAUGAUGAAACACUUGAUCCACUUUAUCCUGUUGAUAUUAAUAAACUUAAAAAACGUCAAACGGAAAAUGAAGCUGAAAAAAGAAAAGAAGCAUUAUUUGUUAAUAUAAAAGCUAGUCGAAUUGGUCAAGCACUUUUUCGAGAUAUUAAAAAAACAAUGAAUCAAGUUAUUCGUUGGUCAAAUAAUGAUAUUCUUAUUAAUAAUUGUGUACGAAUUAGUGAACCAUAUCGUUCAGAAAAUGUUUCUAUUGAUGCUCCGGCACAUCCGAAUAGUGCAGCUAGUAAAGCAUCAGCAAAAGGUGAUAAUGAUACAAAAACACAUAUUAUUAAAUUGGUAGAAAAAUUUUGGUCGGAUCCAUCAAAAUCAGUUCCUAAUAAUGAUUUAACACGAACAAAAUCAGACAAUUCAAGUAAAACAACAGACACAAAUGAAUCAGCAUCAACGCCUUGA